UAUGCAGCGGCGGAGGAGCGAACAGGGGAGACCAGCAGAAACAGAGAUUGGUGGUGCUGAAAUAGAACUACGACUUGGAAGCUUGUCUUUGACAUGGUGGAUCAGCCUGAUGCUGAGGAGGAAGGCAGAAGCAAAGAGCCAGGGCCUGACUGUUCAGCUGCGACAGCCUCUGCCGCUGCUGCCACAGGAGCUCCCAAUCCCCAGAUCAGAAAUGGACCAGACCCUGCCUCGGAACCAUCCCUCCCAGGCAGACAGAGAGAGCAGUCCCCCAAGCUGCACCUGGAUCUCUUUAAUUUCGACUCCCCCGAAGCUGAAGGGAGUCGCUAUGUCCUGACUAGCCCUCGCUCCCUGGAAGCGUGUGCGCGCUGCGGGGUCAAGCCUAUAAUGCUUCUGCAGCGCUCCAUCAAUGACUUUGCCAAGGAGGCCCCCGGGCAGUCCAUGCGGGUAGCGGAGGGGCUGUUCGAGGUCUAUGAGAGAGAGCGGCAGGGAAAACUCAGGGAGUGCCGUGAAGAACGGGAGCGGAUUAUCAAGGAGGAAAAGAGGCGCAUUAGUAACUCGGUCAGCAGCAACCUACCGUGCUCUUCUGCUGGUAGGCCAACAGGGGGAGGAGUGUCUAGUAUUUCCACAAAGGCUGUCCCAGCUCCUGCUACUAGUGCUGCAACAACAACGCCUAAUGGUGCCAUUCCUGCUGUUAAGACAAAUGGACAUGCAGCACAACCCAAGAAAAAAGGGAAAUGCCGUUCCCUGGAUUCUAAACCAAAGAAACAGGAACCCUGCCACUCUACAACAACCAGCACCACCAUGCGGACCUCCUCGGAGUCAGGGGCCUCCUCAUUCAGCUGGGACAGCCCCCGGGACAGCCCUCGGGACAGCAAAAACAAGUGGCCGAAGGCAUCAAGCCCCAGAGCGCGGACAGUGGCCACCUUGAGCUCCCUAAUGGGGCGCAGCCUGAGUCUGGGGGACCUGAGCCACUCCCCACAGACCACCAAGAGGGUAGAGCGGAUCGUGAAGGAGGUGAAGCGCCGAGGUCUGAGUGAAGUGCCGGAGAGGGACCGCAAGAUUGCGGCACUAAUGCUGGCCAAGCACCAGGAGGAGCACAUCAUGAGCCAGAGCCGCUACAUGGCGCACCUGCAGUGGGACAGCGAGCGGCGGCUGGAGGAGCUAAGCAGGGAGAGGGAGGAGCGGGAGAAGCAGCGCGCUGUCCUGCAGUGCCAGCGCAUGUGGCACACCCAAGUAUCCAGCCUGCAGAGGCGGCUCAGCCAGGAACAGAAGGAGACGGCUACCAUCAAGCAGCGGCAGGCAGAGGAGAGUGAGGAGAAGUGGAGGGAGCUGGCUGAGAGGCAGAAGCAGUCCAGGCAGGAGAGACUGAGGCAGGCAGCCGGAGAGAAGAAGCAAAAAAAGAGCCACCAGGAGCACAACCUCAAAGCCCUAGAGGAGGAGAGAAGGGUGAUGUUGGAGCAAGAGCAGCAGCUGCUCCAGGAGAAGCUCACGAUGGCCGAGCUGAGGAAGCAGGAGAGCGAGCAUCAGCAGCAGAAGGAGCUCAGGGGCCUUAACAAGGCAGAGAAGCUGAGGCACGAAGCCCUGAUCAGGGAGAUUGUCAGGAGGGAGGCAGAAGAGAGGAAGCUGGCCAAACGCACUAUGGAGGACAAGCUGAGCAGGUCCAUAGAGAACUAUGAGCAGAUCCAGGAGCGCAGGAACCAAGAGCUGAGAGAGAAAGCCAAGAAGGAAGAACGGCACAUCAAGAAGGCCCGGCAGGCUGCAGAGAGGAAGGAGAAGGAACAGAGAGAGCACCUGGAGUGCCUGGCCAGGGAGACAGAGCGCAGGGCACAGCAGGCAGCUCAAGUGGCAGAGGAGAGGGCACAGCAGAAGGCAUUGAAGGCUGUGCAGAGCCGGCUGGAGAAGGAGAAGAUCCAGAAGCUGAACAGGCAAAGGGUGGAGGAGGAGGAGCGGCAGAGGAGGCAGGAGCUCCUGAUGUCCAUUGAGAAGAAGCUGGAGAAGAGCGAGCAGAUCUUUCGGGAAAAGAGGGCUGUGCUGGAGAGCGCUCGCUCCGUGGCACGUGCCUCCUUCCAUGUGAGAGACCGGGUGCGAGAUGAGACCAACAUGCGCACCUUUGACAAGAUGGCCCUCGAGGCCCAGCUGCAAGCCUGCCUGAAUGAGAAAUAAUAUCCAGGUCUGUCCACAACUCAGCUAGCAUUGAGCAGUCCAGCCAGAGAUCUAGGUGGGUAUCUGGGAAGUUCUAGUGGGAAUAUAAAAUUAGUAGAGCGCUACUUUAGGUGAAGCUCUGAAACUGAAUCUUUCUGUUCUUCCAAGGCAAUACAUUUUCUAGUCAAGUUCAUAACCCUCCGAAUAGACAGGAGCAGCUUGCUUCCUAUACUGGUUGAAGUCUGGCAGCCUGGUGGGCCCUAGGACAGUUUUUUUUUUUCAAAGUGCUUUGCAGAAACAGCAUAAACUAAUAAAGCCUCUGAAACAAUUGAGAGGCGUAAAUUGCGUACUGGAUUUUUUUUUUAACUAAUCACAAUGGUCUUAAUUAAAAAAACAGACCAAACACUCCUUGAUUUGAGUUUUACUCUUCUCAGCAUGAACCAGUGCUGAAUGGCCCUGGGAUAUUUUGUCUAUAGACUGGCAAAAAUAUUGUUUGUGGGGUAAAACAAGAAGUCUACCAUGAAAAAUGUAUGUAUUUAUUUAUUUUUUUAAUGUAUGGUCUACAUAUUGUAUGUUUAAACUAUUCAAUAAAAGGCUUGAGAGUUCCUUCAUGUCAAGCUCCAGACAACUACUUGGAACUGAAGCAUAAUAGGCACUAUAUAGACUAAGUGCAAUGACCCAUUUCUGUGGAAGGAAUACAACAUUUUGAAUGGUAAUUAGCAAUCAAAUCGAAACUGUUCCUCUUUGAAACUAAUGUUGCUCACUAGUUUUCGUGUGUAUUUGUUUUACUGUUGCCAUUGUUUUAAUACAGCCCUUAAUGUUCAUUUAAACAAAGCUUUUUGCAUCUUUCUAUCAGGCCUUAUUAUUAUUGAAACAAUAGUACUUGAUGUCCACAGAGGGCUCCACCAGAAUGUCGAUGGCCAGUUUUCCAUGUCAUGUUAGAUAGGUAGUAUUUUUGUCGUAUCGUAUUAACCACAGCAGGGAAGCAGCAACCCUACUUCCUUUUCAGACCAAGGGCACCCAUGCUGACCAUUGGCUCGUCGUCUGUGAGAAAGAGAACACACAAGAAACAAUGCCAACCAAUAGGCAGCCUGAGAAAGAGCAAAGGGACCAGCUUUACAGACUCUGCCAAAUGCCUCAUUGAAACUGAACUCUGGCACAAUGAGAGUGCCCAUCUUUAUGAAUUUACCACUGGGAAUUUUAAUUAAAAGUUUGACACUGGACAUUGUGAGGGACCAGAGCUGAGAUUAAUUCAUUACACAGG